CCUCAUCAGUAGCACCUAUCACAAACUAAACAAAUGGCUCUCAGAGUUGCAUUGCCUUCUCUUCUUUUUCAACUCUCACUACUCAUCAACUUUGUUGCGAUCGCUUCAUCUCAAUUCCAGCAGUGCCGUUACAUUGUGAGAGUGAAGACAGGAGAUCGCCAAGAUGCAGGAACGAACUCCAUCAUCAGCCUCAGGAUUUCCUCUCCUUACAAUAGCAUUACCAUCGACAAUAUCGAAGAUUGGGGCAUCAUGGGACCUGGUCAUGACUACUUCGAGCGAGGCAACCUCGACAUCUUCAGUGGCAUGGGCCCUUGUCUCAGUGUAUGCAGCCUCGUUGUCACCUCCAACGGGCAAGGGAACCAGCCAGGGUGGUAUUUGGAUUACGUGGAUAUCACCUCCAUCGGGCCCAAGGUAACAUUCAUGGUGAACCAAUGGCUAGCUUUAGAAUCGCCAUAUCAUCUCUAUGUCAACACGAACUUAUGCUCCUGCGGCAAGGUAUAGUCCAGAUGGUAUUAGAUCUGGAUUCUUGAUGAGUUUGAUCCGCACUCUCUCUCUCUCUACUGGGUGACCAUGCUUAAGUGACAAAAUCUUAGUAUGUAAUAGUUGGCUUUUGUACGUUGGUGUGUUGUGUGUUUUGUAAUGUGAGUGUUUUGUACGUGUGUAUCAUCAAUCAUGUGUCCCUUCGUUUCAAUAAUAAUAUGCGGCUUCACGAUGCAAACUUUUCUA